CAUUGUUCGAUCAGCAGCAAUGUGGGCAUUGAAGUCACCAGCCAGUAUAGUUACGUCAGACAAUGGGACAGAAUCCAGUGUUUGUUGGAGUUGGUUGUAGAAGUCGUCCUUGGCUAAGUCUGAACUAGACUCAGUUGAUGCAUAGACAGAGAUCUGAUGGUACCCUUGAUGGUAAGGGCUGCCAGAUGGUCUGAUUCUGGCUGAAAUGCAAUCACACUUUUAGUCAUUCGGCUAUCCACCAUAAACCCAAUGCCAGCCUUCCACUUCUCUCCCCCUGAGUAGUAAAGAGUCAUCGCAUAGCUGUCUGAUGGUGUUUGGAUGCUCAUUAUUCCAGAUCCAGUGAGUCGUAGUUCAGAAACUGCGAUUGAGAUUUUAUAGUUUUUCGGUUCCUUGGAAAUGAUUUCCUUUUGACCAAUGUGGUGUCCAGUUCUGACAUUCCAUGCAGCGAUGCAGAUUUCUGUUUUUGGUGGAAUGAUUUUACUACUUUGGCCAGUAGCCAACUUUUCACUUAGAUCCCUGACACUGGUGCAUCGGCUGUCCCGUAUGCGGUAGCAUGACUUGUAGGACCAGGUUCUGAAAUUUUCACUAGUUCCAUUAGUUUCAUGUCUAGUUUUUUUGGGUUUCAUGGUUCUUUCAUAUGUUCUUCUUUUUAAAAUUUGCCUCAUCGGUUAAAAAUGUCCAAACAUUUUACAUUAAUAUUAAAUGAAAUAAAUGACGGAUGUAAUUGUAAUUUUGGAUGUAAUUGUAAUCAAAACAAACCCACUUGACUUGGAAUUUUGCAUUUCUAUAACCAAUGACAAAAUGUUUAUGUGCUUGUAAACUUAGUAAGACGAGUGAGAGCUUUUUAGUGAUGAUAAUAGUGAAGUUUGUUUUCCAUGCUGCUAAGAGGAUUUGCAGUCACACCUACACACUGGAAACUUCUGGAUUUACUACCAUAAAGAUUUACUUUCAAACUACAAUAUGUAAUAAGUAAAUAUCCAUAGCAAUAUAUAUGGGACAAAAAUAUGUCAAAAUACAUGUGCAUAAAGGCUAGACAUGAGUUCACCCACAGAAAAAACUAAAACAACAACAACAACAACAAAAAUAAUAAAUUCUGAUUAAAAUUGUUACACAUCUAUGCCAAAAUUUAAUUUUAAGAUCCUUUACUUUUUUUUUUUUUUUUUUUAAGGAAUCAUGACACGAAUCAAGUUAUUUAUGCUGCAGUGUGUAUGCAACAGUAGGCCUCCUGAGACAUGUUAGAUACUAUAAAAACCCCACAUGUACUUGUGACAGAACACAAACAGAACUCAUUACCUGCAAUUUUCAUGAAGAUGCCAUGAUGGUCAUGUCAGAGUAUUUAUCAGAAGGUAUUUUUAUAAUUUUUGAAAUGUUUGUAAAGUUAUUUCUGAGACUACUGAGUUAUUACUGUGCUAGCCAGUCAUUUAAUUAUUAAAUCGCUAAUCUAACUGAAGACUUUAAAUUAAAGGACCCCUACAAACAUAGGGCUACCUAUAUAAAGUGAUGAACAUGCUUUAUUUUCUGGUGUCAAAAUUAAAUGAAUUGUAUUGUUUUCUCUCCUCCUCAGGUCAAUGAAAAUAGCCGUUGUGUAAGGAAAAUGGGAAAUGGAACAUAUUUUUUCUUCAUGUUGUUUGAAAAUCUUGGGUGCAUAAAAUAUGUUUUUUUCAGUUUGGGGCUUAUUUUUUACUGUGUUGUCAUAUACUUUAAUGCCCUUAUUAUUCUUGCUGUGUUUUUGGAAAAGACAUUGCACCAACCCAUGUACAUUUUGAUUUCAUGUUUAUCCAUCAACUCUGUAUAUGGUACAGCUGGCUUUUUCCCAAGGUUACUGACAGACUUGCUGUAUGACACACAUAGAAUUUCCUUUGAAGCUUGCCUCAUACAGAGUGUUGUCAUUUACUCAUAUGCAUCUUAUGAGCUUAUAAUCUUAAUGCUAAUGUCAUUUGAUAGGCUUGUUGCAAUUAGUAAACCUUUGCAUUACAACAACAUAAUUACCACACGCUUUCUAACAAUUUUAAUAGUUAUAGCAUGGCUUUAUCCAAUUAUCUGUGUUGGUUGUGCUGGUCUUUUGACUGCCAGGUUGAAAAUGUGUGGUAACAAAUUGUUUAAGGUAUACUGCCACAACUAUGAAAUUGUCAAACUAUCUUGUGUGAACAAUAAUAUUGUUAAUAUUUAUGGCCUAAUUGUAACAAUUACAACAGUUUUUAUUCCUUUGAUUUUUAUAUUAUAUUCCUAUGUCAAAAUACUUAUAAUUUGUCAAAGAAGCUCACAAGACUUUAGGAGCAAAGCAUAUCAAACUUGUAUUCCACACAUAGCAAUCCUUUUAAAUUUCUCAGUUGCUAUAUUUUGUGAGCUUACUUUAAGUCGGUUUCUGAAUGGGGAAAUUCCUAUAGAGCUGGCUGUUAUCCUUUCACUGGAAUUUAUUGUUAUACCACCCUUUGUAAAUCCUAUUGUUUAUGGUCUAAACUUUCCUGGUAUCCGCAAAAAAGUUACACAUCUUAUAAAAGCCUCCAAAUAG